AAUCAACUACUCUAUUAAUUUCUCUCUCUCUCUCUCUCUCUUUUUUUUCGUUCAUCUAAUAAUAAAGGUGGGAUCUUUACUCAUCUUUCUCUCUCUUUAAUUUGCUGCCUCUCUCUCUCUCUCUCUCUCUCUCCUAAAAACAGAGGAGUGAGAAACUGAUCUGCUAGAAUAUGCAAGUGGAAUUUAAUUUAUUUGUUCAUCAUUUGGCAUUUUGUUGAGAAGAAAAAGAAAUGGCUGUGGUGGUUCCUCAAGAAUCCAUCACUCAGUUCGAAGCUUUAGUGAAAGAAGUUGAUGAAUCACUUAAAACAACAUUCCAGACUGUGCAUCAAGGAUAUCCUCACGAAACUUUGACGCGAUUUUUGAAGGCGCGAGAAGGAAAUGUUGCAAAGGCCUACAAGAUGUUAGUUGAUUGUUUGGAGUGGAGAGUGCAAAAUGACAUUGACGAUAUGUUAACCAAACCAAUUAUUCCUGUAGAGCUUUACCGAGCAAUACGCGAUUCGCAGCUUAUAGGAUUAUCAGGUUACUCAAACGAGGGCCUCCCUGUAUUUGCUGUUGGAGUCGGCCUCAGCACAUUCGAUCGAGCAUCUGUUCAUUAUUAUGUACAAUCCCACAUUCAGAUCAACGAAUAUCGGGAUCGUAUCAUUUUACCAGCUGCAACGAAAAAAUACGGGAGGCAUAUUUGCAAAUGUAUAAAAAUUCUAGAUAUGACGGGACUGAAGCUCUCGGCAUUAAACCAGAUAAAGCUAAUGACUAUUAUUUCGUCUAUUGACGAUCUGAACUAUCCGGAGAAAACAGUAACUUAUUACAUAGUGAACGCCCCGUAUAUCUUCUCCGCUUGUUGGAAGGUUGUUAAGCCACUUCUUCAGGAAAGGACAAGAAAGAAAAUUAACGUACUGUCCGGUUGUGGACAAGACGAUCUUUUGAAGAUAAUGGACUAUUCCUCCCUGCCCCAUUUCUGCCGAAAGAGAUCCUCCGCCUCUUCGAAACGUUCAGACAAUAAUGCUGACGACAAUUGCUUCUCAUUGGACCAUCCUUUUCACAAACAACUUUACGAUUACAUAAAGCAGCAAUCCUCUGUUCGUGGGCGCACCGCACCGCUGAAACAAGGGUCUGUGCAUGUUACUUUACCUGAAGAUGCUGAUGAAGGAGAUAUUGCCAAGAUUUUGGAAUCCGAAUUAGAGAAAUUCGAGGGCCUAGAGAAAUAUCCAGAUUCAUUCAGGGACCUCAAAAUCAACGAUGACGAGUGACGGACAACGAAAAAAAUCGCUUGCUCUCGUAGUUUUAAGUAUUCGAUAUUAAUUGUGUUGACAGUAUAUCUAAACAGAAAAUGAUGAUGCAAUUUAUGUAUACUUAUCUGGAGGAAAUAUAUAAUAUACAUUUUAUUA